AUGCGACUGAAGAACACGGCGCUAUGCUGCGCGUUUGCGUGGUCGCCGGCGGUGUUGGGCAACCCGCCCCUCCUCGCCACCGCGUCGUACAGCGGAGCCAUGGACGAGAACUUCAGCAGCGACGCCUUUCUUGAGAUUCGCCUCGUGGACGUGAAGGUGACGGAUGAGACGGAGCUGCCUGUUGUCGGGCGUGUGCGGCUGCCGGAUCGCGCGCAUCGCGUCGACUGGUCGCCGUACGCCGGGCCGCAGGGCAUCAUCGGUGUCUCGUGCGGCAACGGCUGUGUAUACAUCUUCUCCGCUGCAGAGGUGCUCGCCGCCGGCCCGAAUGGCGGCGGUGAGGAGGUGAGUGAUAACCCGCGCGGACUGCUGUGGAUGGUGCGCGAGCACGCGGGCUCGGCCGUGCGCGGCUUCCACUUCAACCCUUCGAAGCCGCACUUUUUCGCCACCGGUGCUGACGAUGGCGUUUGGCAUGUGUGGACGCUGCAGGAUGGUGCCACCGGCGGCGUGUGUGCGCCAGCGAAGGUGUCUGUCAUCUCGAACGUGCCGAACAGCGGCGCCAUUGUCCACCUUCAGUGGCACCCAAAAUACGCCCACAUCUUUGCCACAGCCACCGUGAACGGCGUGGUGAACGUGUGGAACCUGAAGAUGGCUACCCGCGUGACGGCGCUGAACGUGUCCAAGGCAUCACACGGGGCACAGAUCACCGCCAUCGCGUGGAACCCGACGGCUGCGACGCAGCUCGUUGUGGGACUUGACGAGGGACAUCCAGUGUUGCAGGUGUGGGACCUUCGCACCGGGGUGGUGCCGCUGCGCGAGAUGAGCGGACAUACCGGUGGCGUCACCGGCCUUGCUUGGAGCGAGCAGGAGUCGUCGAUGGUGGCUUCAUGCGGCGGUGAUGGCCGCACCAUGUGGUGGGACCCGAACACUGGCAAGAAGCUGGGUGAGCUACAGCCAGUGGGGCAGUACCUCGUAGACGUGCAGUGGUGCCCGGUGCUGCCGGCCGUCAUCGCGACGUCGUCUUUUGCACCCCUUCUUUGCGUGUCAACGGCGCAGGACGUGUCCAGCACCGGAGGCGACAAGCUCGGUGCGGUGCCCAAGUGGCUCAACAAACCGUGCGGCGCCUCGGUCAACAUGUCUCUCGCCGUUGCCUCCCUUGCCCCUGGCACCGAGCAUGACAUUGUGCUGUCGAGGUUGAAUUGCGUGCCAAUGAGCCCCCACACAACGGAGGACCAGCGCAUGUUCGAGCAGCUGGCCGAGUUCCCGUGCGGGUCGCCGGAGCGGACGCAGUGGCUGCGCGACACCCAUCAUGAGCUCCUUGCGGCGUUCUCCAGCGCGCAGCACUCGCGCCAGCCCAUCCUGGACUUCCUCAACGAGGGCGUCGCCUCUAAGAAAGGCGGCGCGGGCGCUGGCUCCGGGAGGCUGGGCGAGGAUGACGACGACCCAUUCACCGCCAUCUCGCACGAGAACCAGAAGAGGUACGAGGACCGCACCUCGGAGCUGAUUGUGAGCGGCAAGAUCGAGGAGGCCGUGGACCUGUGCAUGGACGAGCAUUGCUUCGACGACGCCUUUGCCAUCGCCUUCCUCAGCGGCGGGGAGAUGGUGCGCAAGGUGCACCAGCGCUACAUCGCGCAUGUCGCCGCCGUGAACCCGCAAAAGAGACAUGUGCUCUACGCGGGUGCCAUCGCCUCCGGUGAUUUCCGCCCUCUCAUUCAGGCGAACGUGCCGUGGAAGGAGGUGCUUUCUGCGAUUGUGGCGUUCGUCGUGGGCGACGGCUUCGCCGACGCGUGCAACCUGCUCGGUGACGCGCUGCGCGACCAGCAGAACUACGAGGGCUCCUACCACUGCUACGUUUGUGCACGCAAUGUGGACGCUGUGGUAGACCUCUGGCGCCUCGAGAACCGCCCCUCGCGUGAGGUUGUGCAGGAUACAAUUCUGCUAGAGGAGACCACGCAGCGCGCGGCGAGCGGCGAGUACUUGGCGCACUGCAUGUGCGACUACGGCGUGAAGCUGCUGACUGAUGGGCAUCCGAAGGAGGCGGUACAGUACCUACAGCGUGCCGCCCGCCUCGGUGACCACACGGCCACGGUGCUCGUCGAUCGCAUGAAAUACCUCUUCAAUCUUGCCCAGCCCGAGAACGGUGCACCGUACGUGCCGGCGCCGGUGUCUGACGCACAGAGCCCGGCGUGUCAAGCGUUCCUGGCCGCCGCAGAAGAGCGACGAGUGCGAGAGUUGCAGGAGCAGGCGCAGGCGCAGGCACAGGCACAACCGAUAGCCCCGCCGCCGCCGCAGCAUCAGCAGGAGCGGCCACCGACAAUGCCGCCGCAGACGCAGUACCACGUGAACCCCAUGGCGAUACCAGGGCAACCGCAGCUGCCGAAGUCUGGUUACCUGCCAGCCGUUGGCUACAUGCCGCCCAUGGGUGCACCGGCCGCGGCUUCGCAGCCGCCACAGCAGCUUCAGCACCCACCAAGCCUUCUUCCCCACAAAUCAGCCGCCGGCGGACUCCCGCCACCACCGGGUGGUAGCGCGCCUCUGCGGCCGCAACUGAUGCCUGGUUCCGGUGCCGCGCCACCACCGCCGUCGCACGGGCCAUCUGUGUACGGCAACGCGACACCGGUGAGCAAUAGCGUGAAUGGUGCACCUGUAGCGCCGUCGCCGAUCGGGCCGCACCCGCCGUCCGCUGGCGGUGCCUCGAUGGGGAUGAGUGCAUCGGACACUAGCUCGUUCUCCUCAAGCGCACUCCCGCCCAGCCGCACAAACCCGCUCUCGGCUGCACCGAACGGGGUCGUCGGCCAGCCAAAACCGCGACUUAUGCCGCACCCAGUUUCUUCCUACUCAUCGAUGCGAGCGCCGACCACUGGCGCCGCCCCAGCCGCCGCUGCACCUCCUCCGUCAGGACCGCCGUCGUCUUCCGGCGCCAUGGCCUCCCAGGCGUCAUCGCAGCCAGUUUCGUUGUACAGCGUGACAGCCCCACCGACACAGCCGCCAGCGACACAGUCGGUACCCUACCAAGCAGCGCCACCACCACCGCAGCAGCGCUCAGAUGCCGUUUACGGCGGAGGAGCGCCAUCGAUGAUGAAACCGCAGCCCCCGCCGCCGGGCCUUCCGCGGCUCACGAUGGGCAGCGCACCGCCACCGCCGCCUCAGUCAUCGGCUGCCGGCGCCGAGUACCCGGCCUCCUUGCUCGCCUCCGUGAGUCCUGCCCAGUUCGCGUCCCCGUUGCACGGCCAGCUGGUGCAGCGUCUGCAGCAGGUCAUCCCCGCCAUCGCGGACCCACGCCGGCGUGCGGCGGUGGAGCAGGCGGCGGUGGAGGUGAUUCGCCAGCUGCAACAAGGGAUGCUGCCGGAAGGGCUUGUGCAGAUGUUGGUACACUUUUGCGCGAACGUCGGCACGCCGAGCGCAACUCAGGCGUGGGCGCAGUUGGCGCAGCGGUACGCGGGUGCCGUUCAGGCCUUCGGGAACCUUUGCUAUCUGUGA